CGACUCAUCCAACAAAUAAAAACACCCUUUUCUGUCACAACCCCCAUUUCACUCUCUCUCUCUCUCUCUCUCUAGAUUUGCAUUCGCUAUUUUGUAAUCAAACUCUGCAUCGAUUGAAGAAAUGAGUACGGGCGAACUCGUCAGCAUCGAUCCUCUAGACCUCAAAUUCCCUUUUGAAUUAAACAAACAGAUCAAUUCUUCGCUUCAGUUAACGAAUAAGACGGAUCAACAUGUCGGAUUCAAGGUUAAGACUACGAAUCCGAAGAAGUAUUGUGUUCGUCCCAACACCGGAGUUGUUUCACCUAAAUCAACAUGUGAAAUUAUAGUAACAAUGCAAGCUCAGAAGGAGGCUCCUCCAGACAUGCAAUGUAAAGACAAGUUUCUCCUUCAGAGUGUAACUGUAGGCUCAGGAGCAACCACAAAGGAUAUUACCCCUGAAUUGUUUAGUAAAGAUUCCGGGAAUACCGUAGAAGAAUGCAAAUUGAGAGUGGUAUAUGUUCCUGCAACCCAAUCAACUUCAAUCGUUGCUCAAGGAGCAGAGCCGGUGUUACCAUCUAAUGGUCCAAGUGGCGCUGAGGUUUCAAGAGCAUAUGUAGAUUCCAAUGACAAGUCCUCCUCUGAGGUGAGAGCUCUCAUAUCAAAGUUGACUGACGAGAAGAAUGCUGCUAUUGAGCAAAGUAAGAGAAUUCAACAAGAAUUGGAACUUUUGAGGCGCCGAAGCAACAAAAGCCAAGGGGGUGGUGCAUCUUUGAUCUUGGUCAUUGUUGUUGGCUUGAUUGGCUUGAUUCUUGGGUACAUCUUGAAGAAAUAAUGAUAUUUGACUAGUUGAAAUUUAUGUUUCUUUUUUCUUUUGAUGGUCAUAAGUUCAUAAUUCAUGUAGGAAAGGGAAAAAAAUCAUUAGUGGUUUGUUUAAAUUUUCUUUUUCUUUAAAGGUAGUGUAAUGACAAUAGAAGAGAAACUUAGGGUGUGUUUGGUUUGUGGAGUUUAAUUAAAGUGGAAUUUGACUUCUGUUUCUCAA